AUGGGGGGAAUCAGUCAUAGGAGGUUGCAGUGUAGAGCGGCAGCGAGGAUUAGUGCGCUCGCGAGAGCACGGAGAAAAGCUGAGAGUCUGGUCGCAGAAGAACUACUUAGUCACCAUGAUCAAGGAGGACAGAAUCUAGGAGCUAUUCAAGGGGGAGAUAACGAGGGGCAGCAGUUGAUGGAGGUAGAUCUUGAACAGCGCCGGGCGGCACUCGAAGAGCGUCGACAACAGCUGGAGGUAAACCGCAGACAACUCGAACAAACCCAACCACUAAGAAAUGAUACUGUUGUCGAGCCUGAAGUUAAGAUGGAGUUCAAGUUGGAGGACGAUAUCGAGUUACCAGAAGUCAAAGAGAAAUUAGAGGACAAUACUGAGUUCGACUUUAAAUCUGGGUUCGGAAUAAAGUCUGAGUUUGAAGUCAAGGUUGAGUUAGAGAUCAAGGUUCAAUUCCAAGUCAAGUCUGAGCUUGAAAUCAAGGCUGAGUGUGAAAUCAAGGCUGAACUCGAAGUCAAGACUGAGCCCGGAAUCAAGACUGAGCCCGGAAUCAAGACUGAACACGAAAUCAAGACAGAAACGGAAAUCAAACCCGAGCUCGAUAUCAAGAUGGAGGACGUGGAGAUGAAAGAAGAGUAUCUAAAGAUGGAGAAUGAUCUCAAGAUGGAGGAUGUUCAGAUGGGGGAUGCUCAGAUGGGGUGGGUGGUCGUGAUUAAAGAAGAAUUGGUUAAGGUGGAAGGUGCCCCGUGGAGCCACGUACCUUACUACCGCUACUAA